AUGCAUUUUGUUUUGUUUUGUUUUGUUUUGUUUUUUUUUUGUUGUGCACAGAAUAUCUAGACUGCUAAAACUGGCCGCUCGCCAAGUCUCUCUCGACUCCUCGCAGUCUAAUUUUUAUUUCGGGCUGUUCUAAUCCUCUGACACAGCUGAGAUUCCCGAUCUGGGUGCGUUGUCAACGGGAGAGCAUCACAAGCACGAGGUGUGCUGCGGGGUGCGAGUGAGCAGUAGCAGGUGGUUGAUCAGAUGCACCUCGACCCUAGAGUCGGAUUAGAGACAUCGAGCAUCUGUUUUCGACGUUCAACACUUAGUUGAUGUCUCAUGCCCCGUCGGUAGUUGAUGUCGAAGUUGCUUUUCAGGUUUUUGUGUUCGUUGUCCUUUGUGGGACGAAAUCAAGUGUACAGGUUUGGGUUUGACGAAUAAGUGAUUUUUGUCUGCAACUUCGUGGAAUUGAGCGGUAGUUUGAACGAUCUAGAGCUUGGAGGAGUCUUGUGCAGGAGAAUUCAAGCUUGACUGAAGCUUGACUUGCAGCAUUGGAACCCACUUGCACAGCAGCUCCACAUCGAUCCGUUGCUGUGGUUGAGCCCAAGGAUUUGAAACCGGCUUGGGUGGGGUAAUGUAAUCUGUCUGUGCGUUCCCCAGGUGGAAGUUUUACUAGAGAGAGAGAUAAAUCAAGUGUUCUGGAAAGGUGAUCUCCAAUCUCGCUAGCUCACACUCCUUCAGUGCCGGUGUGAUCGAUACACCGUGACUAUGGCGUUGCUGACGAGUGUGGUGAUUGUGGUCCUUGCUCUCAUAGCCACCGCUUUUUACUCUUACGUGAAUGAGCACUGCCCCAUCGAUCCUGCGGCGGUUCACCUCGCACCGCAACCGAAGCUAGAAGGUGUGUACGCGCGCAACACGCUACUGGAGAACGUGGAGAAACUCGGCGAAGGGAAUUUGGUGUGGCCGGAGGACUUAGUCCUUGGUCCUGAUGGGAAGUUCCUGUAUGUGAGCUGCGCCGGGAGUGGGUGGAUCAAGAAACUGCACCUGGCGGAUCAUUCCGUGGAGGAUUGGCAGCAUGUGGGAGGGGUGCCUCUCGGGCUUGCACUUGGCCCUGACGGCGAGGUUUUGGUCGCGGACGCUCUGCAGGGUUUGGUGAAGGUCACCGACGAGGGUGUCGAAGUUCUAGCAUCCGAAGUGGACGGAUCGAAGAUAACCUUCGCCGAUGGAGUCGCUGUCGACAGAGAUGGACUCAUCUACCUCUCGGACGUAUCCUUCAAGUACAACGUCUCGGCACACUGGUUUGAGUUCUGGGAAGGCAAGCCGAACGGACGCCUUAUAGUAUACGACCCUAAAGCCAAAUCCUCCCGGCUACUGCUGGACAACAUUUACUCCCCAACAGGGCUCACCCUUACCAAGGACGAAGACGCGCUCAUCUUCACCGAGAACGUGGUGGCCAGGAUUACCAAGUACUACGUCAAGGGAGACAAGAAGGGGACAAUGGAGAUCAUGAACGAGAAUCUUCCAGGGCACCCGGACAACAUCCACUACAACUACGACGAGGGAGUUUACUACGUCGGCAUCGUCGGCCAGCGGAGCGCGUUGUUCGAUCUCAUCUGGAAGACUCCGUUUUUGAAAAAGCUGGUGAUGGUGCUACCAGAAGCUGUUCGAUUGAGUCUAGAUGCGGCUGCCCGGACUGCCAGACUGUUGAUCAUCGACGAUAGCGGUCGUGCGCUCCGACAGUAUCAGGAUCCGGAUGCGAAGGCGGUGGGUAUAGUCACUGGUGGGAUUAAAGUUGGUGAUUACCUCUACGUUUCCUCGAUGAAAGAGACCUUUGUUGGCCGGAUCAAGCUGUGAGCCACCGUUCGCGGCAUGGUCUUCAAAGGUCUCAGCAGCAGCAGCAGCAGUCCCGGCCCGCAAAUAAUCCACUAUACUGUGCGUAGAACAAUAACAAGAAUCGGUUGAUUGUUUAGCUGCAUUUCGCAUCUUCACUGGUGCAUAUGUUUUUGGUGCUGGAAGGAUGGAAUCUGGCUUUUAUCUCGAUUGGCUGUUGUUUGAAUCACGGAGGCUCGAGUGGAACGGAAAGGGUUGCAGAAUUCAGCAAGGACAGCUUCCCCAAAGUAGGGUUCAGAAUUGAAAGGAUUCAAUGGUUGAGGCUGGUCUUUCAUGUUUCUUCUCUGGAAUGGUUUGUUGAGUCACGUGUAAAUUGUCCCAUGUGUCAACAAGUCGCAUCAUUUUUCUACCUUCUUUAUGUGUGAGUUUAAAUAUAUAUAUAUAUAUAUAUAUAUAUGUAUAUAUAGAUAGGGAUUUGUUAACGCCACACCCUAACUUUGUUCAAGCCACACUUCUAAACCAGUUCAUGAUUCUUUUUGUCUUAUCUCAUUGUACUCCCGCACUCCAUCAUCCUCCAUUAGGCAGCUUGUCCUUUGGCUUGGCCUUCUCAUUUGCCCGAAACAUUGCCUAGGGCAGCUUCGUCCACACUCCUCGAGAGUGUGGUGGGCAUGUCUUUGACAGAGGAGGAUUGGAACGGGAAUAUAUUUUUAAUAUAGUUUAUCAAUUUUGUUUUGUUA